UGAGCGGAUUGCAUACAUUGCCUUAAUAGAGGGCUGAUUUGUCUGAUGAGAUGGCAGGGAUUGCCUUGAUAUUGGAGAAAUAAAUAUUCCCCGAAGAACUGUCAACAAGAGUGACUUCCGAGGAUGGAGAGCUCGCCUCUCCCGACCAGGGAGGCCCAGUUUAGCGUCUGGAAGUGGAACAGGUGGUUGCUCGAUAGUUGGUGUGACCUGUUCUCCCCAGAUGUCCGCCGAGGACUGUGCGCUGAGACCCGACUGCGCUGGUAGAACGAGCACUAAACUAAACCAGUUGGUGAGAGGGCAGAGCUGUAACUGGAAGUUUGGGAAACAGAAAAAUAACGGGAUAGUUGAGUGGUCUUCAGUGAGGGAAACGGUACAUUAGAAAAUAGAUGAUUGGAUAACGUAACGUCCAGCUUUUAGGACAACCCUGGGUACAGAUAGCCAGCGGUAAAAGGAAACUUGAGAACUGCCUGUAAAGUUCUAUCUAUCCAGCUCCGUUUCCCCUUUGUCUUGCAGUUAAAAUAAUAUGUUGUUGUCAUGUAUUCUAUCAUGGGCUUUAAAACACACGCACACACACACACACACAGAGACACAGCUGCCAUUAAUGUGCCCUGGCGGGGACUGCUAAUCAUCUCCAGUGUUUCUCAUCACAGCGACCCAGUGAGCUACUGUCCUGUUUUAUGGAUGAGGUGACAGAUCCAGAGGUUAAGUGACUUGCCUACGACACACAGAGCCAAGGUGCUCUGGAGCAGUUGCUGAGGAUGAAGGUGGAAGAAACUCCCAGUGUUCAGCACAGGCACCAGGUUCAGAGAAUAUUACUGGAUAUAACUGAGGUGACAGAAUCCUAGCCCUGUGUGAGUUUGAUUCUUGCUUGUUGACUGGCCCCUCUCCUCUCCUUCUGGAUGAUGUCAGAACAGGAUCUGGCGGACGUGGUGCAGAUUGCAGUAGAAGACCUGAGUCACCAUCACCCAGUUGUACUGGAGAAUCAUGUAGUGACAGAUGAAGAUGAACCAGCUUUGAAACGCCAACGAUUAGAGAUCAAUUGCCAGGACCCCUCUAUAAAGUCCUUCCUGUAUUCCAUUAACCAGACAAUAUGCUUGCGAUUGGAGAGCACUGAAGCCAAGCUGCAAGCUCUCGAGGCCACUGGUAAAUCAUUAGAAGAAAAGCUGGAUCUGGUCACGAACAAGCAGCACAGUCCCAUCCAAGUGCCCAUGGUGGCGGGCUCCCCUCUCGGCGCAACACAGACGUGCAACAAAGUGCGAUGCGUCGUCCCCCAGACUACAGUAAUACUCAACAGUGAUCGGCAGAACGCCAUUGUAGCCAAGAUGGACGACCCCUUGAGCAACAGGGCACCGGAUUCCCUGGAAAAUAUCAUUAGCAACGCGGUUCCCGGGCGUCGGCAGAACACCAUUGUGGUGAAGGUACCCGGGCAAGAAGACAGCCACAAUGAGGAUGGGGAGAGUGGGUCCGAGGCCAGUGACUCCGUUUCCACCUGUGGACAGUCGGGAAGUCAGAACAUCGGAAACAACGUCACCCUCAUCACCCUGAACUCAGAAGAGGACUACCCCAACGGCACCUGGCUGGGGGACGAGAACAACCCCGAGAUGCGGGUGCGCUGCGCCAUUAUCCCCUCCGACAUGCUGCAUAUCAGCACCAACUGCCGCACGGCAGAGAAGAUGGCGCUGACGCUGCUGGACUACCUCUUUCACCGGGAGGUGCAGGCCGUCUCCAACCUCUCGGGCCAGGGGAAGCAUGGCAAGAAGCAGCUCGACCCCCUCACCAUCUAUGGGAUCCGGUGUCACCUCUUUUAUAAAUUUGGAAUCACAGAAUCUGACUGGUACCGAAUCAAACAGAGCAUCGACUCCAAAUGCCGGACAGCCUGGCGGCGGAAACAGCGAGGCCAGAGCCUGGCCGUCAAGAGCUUCUCUCGGAGAACGCCAUCCUCCUCCUCGUACAGUGCAUCAGAGAGCCUGAUGAGCACGCCACCACCCGCCAGUGAGAUACCACAGCCCCAGCCGCAGGCCCUGCACUAUGCCCUGGCCAACGCCCAACAGGUCCAGAUCCACCAGAUUGGAGAGGAUGGACAGGUCCAAGUAAUCCCACAGGGUCACCUCCACAUUGCUCAGGUGCCUCAAGGGGAGCAGGUGCAGAUCACGCAGGACAGCGAGGGCAAUCUACAGAUACACCAUGUGGGACAGGAUGGGCAGGUGCUUCAGGGGGCCCAGCUGAUAGCCGUGGCCUCCUCAGACCCCACUGCCACCGGCAUAGAUGGGUCACCUCUCCAGGGCAGUGACAUCCAGGUCCAGUACGUCCAGCUGGCGCCAGUGACUGACCACACUACGGCAGCUCAGGGUGUAAUCUGUUGCUCUCAGUACGCCCCGUCCAGCUGGCUCUCUGGGCAGUGAUGGUGCCCAGGCUCCUGAUGGCUUCCCAGCCAUCUGAUGUGUCAAGAUGUUCCAGAAGCAUCUGGUAUUUUCCCUGCUCAGACUGGAAUCGGCUGUCUCUCCAAGGAAUCCUGGUCACUGUUAGAGGAAGAUGGUAUUUAGAAACCACGGUCUGGGUGCUGGGGUGCUCCUGCUCCAGGUGUCCAGAUCCAGCCCUCCCAGUGACCAGAACAGGGCGUGAGUGUGGGCGUGAGUGUGUGUGCACGUGUGUACAGAUAAUGUGUGUAUGUGAGUCCACACUCACACAAAUGUACACCCGCACAAAUGCAUUCACUCGCUCACACACUUUAUCCAUCUUUAUCUGCCAGUGAGUUUUCCCCAGUCAGCCACUGGCUGGCUUCCUUCCCUUGUCAAGCGAUCUGUGUUUUCACUUCAUUGAUGUCCAGCAUUCUUCACUCGAUCCAGAGCAGGAUUCCAGGCCCGGAAGAAGCAUCUCCCUCAAGCCUGUAAUUUGAUGGAGGGAGCCCCGGCUCACCAGGAAACCUGGAUGAGCGGCAGAACUCAAUUUGCCACUGAGGCUCUCUGAACAGAUUUCUAGCCUUCGCUGUGCUCUUUAUAAGAGCAAAAGUUGAAAACCCUUCCUGUGCAUUGGUGAGAGAAUGGUUCCUUGACCUGUGGCUUGGGCGUCAGCCCCCGAAUUCUUGACUCCUGACUGAGGGCCGGGCCGGAGGGCAGGGUGGUAGUUCUCCAGUGAAGCCUGUGGAGGUGAGAGGAGAGGAUGUUUUGGCAGAACAGCUUGGACUUGGCUCCAGGACAGUGCAGAAAGGCGAGAACACUCCGCCCUGUGUCCCUGGGGGGCCCAGACUCCUUGUUUGCUGGGGUCAUGUUGGAGCCCCCAGCUUCACUCAGAAGACACCCCUACACCCUUGCUUGUGGACUGGCAGUGCCUUCUGCUCACUGGACUUGCUGUAGAGCAGGGGUGGGGAACAUCUGGCCCACAGGCCGUAGAAGUCCCGAGAAAUCAUUUGGU